AUGAGUGUUCAACGGUCGCCUAAAAAGACUUUGUCGAAGGCACCAGUGUCAGCGGAGGGAAGCUCCAGCUCGCAGCCAGACCUGUCGACACUAGCGUACGAUUUGAGAGGUAUAUCUUCCCGGAAAAGGAAAACGCCUGAGUGUGACUGUGCGACUCAACUAGAUACUUUUCGCAAAGAAAUGUUAGAUAUUUUAAAACAAACAACCCAAUUACAUAACGAUAACGUAGCAAUCAUAACCCAAAACACCACUUCCAUAAAAGAACAACUAGAAGACAUUAAAAGCACAACUGAAUACCUACUCUCGGAAAAUAAUGAACUAAAAUCUGAAAUUAAAACCUUAAAAGACUCAUGGGAAACACAUGAAACAAAAUUUAAAGAAUUAGAAAACAAAAUAGCAAAAGAAAAGAAACUGGUAGUCUGUGAGGAUCUAUUGUCUGAAAUUCAAGAUCGUGCUGAUCGAUGCAAAAAUGUAAUUUUUGUUGGGGUUCCUGAACAAACUUCGUUAAAUUGGGAAGAAAGACAGAUAGCUGAGAUUGAUAGUGUGGAACAAGUACUUGGAAAAAUUUUGAAAGAAUGUCCAAAAUUAAAAAAGGUCAGUAGAAUAGGUAAAUACAAUACCGCUAAGAUACGCCCCCUGAAGGUUUGUUUUGAGUCAGAAGAUAUACCUGGUAAAAUUCUCCGUAGCAAAAAUAGGAAUUCAAUUGAUGAAAUUCGUAUCUAUCCAGACCAGACCCCACAGCAAAGACAGUAUUACAAUAACCUUAGAGAUGAACUCAAGGCUCGCCAAGAAAAAGAACAUAUUCAAGAGGUGGCGGUGUGUCAAUGUAUAUUCACAGCGUCAUGCAGCAUGAAGUUCUAA